CGGAAGAAGAAGAGAGGAGAUUCAGGAAGUAAAUAAACGAGGAAGUGCAGCUUUGGACCGCGGAAUUAGCUGCACCUGAUCUCCACAGAACCAGGUUCUGAUCAUUAUAAACAGCUUCAGAAUGUCCAAGAACACUGUAUCCGACCGGUUCCGAAAGGUAGACGUCGACGAAUACGACGAGAACAAGUUUGUGGACGAUGAAGAGGGAGGGGAGAACCAGACCGGUCCGGACGAGGCGGAGGUGGACUCGCUGCUGAGACAAGGGAACCAGAACGGAGCGCUGCGCGCAGUCCUGAAGAACCCUCCAGUCAACUCCAAGAACCAGAAUGCCAAAGAAGGAGUGCAGCAGCUGGUGGUCAAGGUGCUCUGCAGCUUUAAGGGCAGUGACAUAGAAAAGACGGUGAGCUCUUUGGACAAAGGUGAAGUGGACCUGCUGAUGAAAUACAUCUACAAGGGCUUUGAGAAGCCCUCGGACAACAGCAGCGCCACUCUGCUGCAGUGGCACGAAAAGGUUCUAGCAGUGGGAGGCGUCGGUUCCAUUGUCAGAGUUCUGACUGCUAGAAAAUCCGUCUGAUCCUCUCAGAACCAGCGGCUUCCUGCAACAUCUGGACUUUUCCUCCCGAACCAGAGCCAGGUGUCUUCAUCUUCCUCCUUUUCGCUCUGGCUGUGGUGUGCUGGCGUUCCAGCCAGCGUGCAGAGCCCUGCUUCGCUGUGGGAGCGCCCUCUGCAGCCCUGCUGAUGAACUGCAGUGUUCCUCUCACUUCUCCAGCAGCUCCUGGGGACCGAAGCUCUGCUGCUUCCCUCCUGUCCAGAGCAUGCUGGGACGGGACCUGAACUUCUGAACACACUCUUCUCUUUUUACUUUUCUACUUCCUCCAACCUCUAAACUGUUUUUUAUCUGAAGAAACGGGAACAAUAAAGCCUGUGGAAAUACGGA